GAUCGGUUUGUGGAGCAUGGCGGAAGAUUCGAGGAUGGUGCGGUAGAGCGGUUCCAAGGCCCUUACAAGUUCUUGUCGAACUUCUUCUGGUCUCAGCUGGACUAUGAGGGCCUUUGCUACCCCUCCGUGGAGCAUGCUUUCCAAGCCGCGAAGCUACGCAGAAAUGAGGAGCGAUUGGCUUGGGGCUUUACUGGCAGCGUCAGCUUCGGUGAGGCCAAGCGGCUAGGACGCCAGGUGCCUUUGCGGGAAGAUUGGAAGGAGAUCAGAGAAAAAGUCAUGGCUUCUUGCCUCUCUGCCAAAUUUUCCGACCCCAGCUUGCGCGAGAAGCUGCUGCGGACAGGAGACCGUGAACUCAUAGAUGGCCAUUCUGGUAGCCCAGAUUUGAUUUGGGGAUAUCACAUCCCAUCGCAGAAGGGCGAGAACCGACUGGGCAUUUUGCUCAUGGACCUGCGCGCAAAGAUACGCGCUCCACAGACCACCUCUGGCAGUCGUGCCUUGUUCCACCUGGACUGGCCUGUCAAAUGCCUCCACGAUGGCCUGCCGCAAGCUUACGCCUCUCGCAUCCGCGACCUCGCUGUUGGCGCCGGCCUCGCUGGAUGCAGUGUGGUCCUCCCACGCCGGAAGAUUUGCAUUGCUCUCUGCGGGCGAAGUAGCGACAUCGACGCUUGGGAGCAUCGGAUGCGGACGGAAGACGUGGAUGUGAACAGCCGGGGACGGCCUUGUCGUGAGCGCAUGCUGGUGGAGCUCUUGCGCAUGAGCGGGGCUGGAGCGUGCGAUACUUUCUCUCAGCGCGAG